UCUUCGGCGUUGAUAGAGAACCAAAACAGGAAGUAGAAUCUUAAGACGGAACUCCUUUAUUGUUUAGAACCUGAUGCAUAGUUUGGACUAGCGUGAGAAUCAAGGCUGGAGCAGUUUCCGAUAGAAUCCGUAUUUCACAUCGUCCGCUUUAUCUGCUCAGUAAAGUCGACGAAAACAACACCGACUGGAAGUGAAUGGAUUUCGCUUUAAAGCGGAUUCUUCUCCGCACUGGACGAGAGGGGGUGAUAUGUGGCUGAGGACAGAAGCCACAGCUCUGCUUCUUUCAACAUGACAUUAUAUCCGCUGUAAAUCCACGUAUGCACGUCAUUGAAGACGCUGAAUGUGAAACAUUGUACAACGGAAGCGCUGCGAGCUGUCGUGGAGCAUGACUGACUUUAUACGAUGUUGUCGGUCUCGUUUUUCCCACUUCGCAAUUGCGUGAGUAUGGAGCUCGUGUGGCGUCUGGAUAGCACAGCACUUCUUCCACCCGUUGGAGCCGGUAGGUAGCAGGUGGCGAGGCAGAUAGCCGGGCAGGUAGCAGGGCAGGUAUCGGGUGGAGUCGGCGGCAUGCGGACAGACGUGGAGUACAGCCCGGUGGGAGAGGGGCUGGGGAUGCGGGACUUCUGGCUGUAUGCGUGCCUGCGGAGGGCGGCUGUGAUAGCGGCUCAUGUCACCUGUCUGGGCCUGACCCUCAUCAUUUCCCUGCUGUCCAGACCCGGAACCAGUCUGUUUUCUUGGCAUCCGGUGUUGAUGUCUGUUGCUUACUGCCUGUGUUUGACUGAGGGCAUCCUCCUCUUCUCAGCUGAAGGAUCCCCAUUCUGCUUCAAAUCUCGUAAAUGUAAAAUCCGUCUCCACUGGGUCUGUCAAGCUCUGGUCCUGAUAAUCUCAGCUAGCGGGCUGGGCUUCAUGGUGGCCAGUAAGAACAUCUCAGAGCACCCCCACCUGGUUAGCUGGCACAGUCUGCUGGGCAUCUGCACCCUGGCAGCCACUGCUCUCCAAGCAGCUGUUGGUAUGUGUGUGAUCUUCCCAAAGCUGCUGCACCUCUCCUCCUCUCUACCCAAACUGAAGCUGUAUCAUGCCACCUGGGGCCUGGUGGUCUACUUGCUGGCCACAGUCACUGUGGUGUUGGCUAUGUUCUCAGACUGGUUCCAGGCCACUGUGAAAGGUUUGACCUGGUGGGCCUUCUUCCUGCUUCCCUUCUUGCCUGCCCUGGUGGUGAUGAACCAGAUCACUAGCGCCUACCUGCUCCGCAAGAAGAUCACCAGUUAGGAAGCACAAACGAAGAGUCCUUUACUUUUUUACCAAGUGACCACACUGGAUUCCCACAUUUAUGGAAGAAGGAGUCCUCAUUACAAAGUAAAACAGCUAAAGGAAAAGGCUUGACACACUGGUAGUCCCAUAGGCAGUAGAAGAAUGAAACACCUGGGUGUCUGUCUUAAAUCACAGUUCUCUGAAAGGAAGUGUUCCUUUCAGCAUCUCUCUCAUUACUAAGUAACUAGAGUGAGUAAUGCUCACUCUAGUUAAAAGGGCAGGGUGUCUAAGAUCAAAUAUGCAUUGUUAAUCUGGGAUUUCUUUGUUCUCAGAUUAUUAAGUUUCUGCAUUCAGAUGAAAGUGUGUAGUCAUUUUUCACCAGAUCAUGAGCAGCAGCUCAAGCUUCUUCAGGGUGCUGAGGUCACGCAUUUACUCCAUCUGAGGAACAAUGAUAUAAUUAGUGGCAUUAAAUACACACAUUUUCGGCAGAAGUUAUGACCUUAAGAAUGUGGAUGUUGUGUGCACACAGAUUUUCAUAUAUGCUACCCCUGAUACCUCCUGAACAGAAACUUAAAGCGCUUCAACUCAAAGAAUAGAAUAGCAUUAUGCAAAAUAAAUGGGUAACUAUGUAAUUGUAUACACUACACCCAGACGAAUAUUUCCCCCACAAAUGCAUCGACAUGAAAAGUCCCAGACACUGUUGGGUGGUUUUCAGAAGGGCUAUGUGCCACCUGCUGCGUUUCAAGCUUAAGCGAAGAAUUAGCUGUGGAUGAUUCUCUACCAGCCUGUAAAUACUAUUGAUUGAUUGAUUGAUUGAUUUUGUGUGUCGUCUGUUUUGGCUGCUUGCAGGAGCUAAAUGAAGCAAUACAACAUGAAAGCUCCAUCAAUUAACACCUCUACUGUUUGAUUCAAUUUUAUGUGUCUCUCAUUAAUGGGAUAAUUGAAAUCCCUCAUUAUCUACUCACCACUCGACGAUGGGGGGGGGGGGGGGGGGGGGGUGGUGAAGUGUUUGGGUCCAAAGAACACUUUUUGAGUCUCAGGUAAACUUUGUUGCAGCCGAAUCCAAUCCAAUUGAUUUCAAUGGUGAGUCCUUCAGGAGUAAUAAAACAAGAGAAAAAACACAACAUGCCUCAAUACUGCUCCUGUGGUGUCAUACAAGUGUCUGUAAGCCUGACAUUCAUUUACACCAUGUUUUAAUCCUAAAUGUCCACUGAUAUUUUACCACGAGGUGCAUUCAGGGACCAUCAGAAAUCCUAAUGUUCUCUAGUUUAGCCACUUCUGGCGCGAGGAGUAUGGAGGUAUGGGUUUUUUCUGUUUUAUUAAAUCACUAAGUAGUAGAUAAUGAGGGAAUUUAAAUUUCUGGGUUAACUAUCCCUUUAAUAGUUAGUUGGCCGACACAGUUUAUAACUAUCUGGUGAAAAAAUAUGAAGGGGUAGCAGUUGAAUAGACAGGUAUUUUUAGUUGAUGGAGAGCAGACUACAGCUUAAAGACUAGACUGUCAAUCAGUAGAGCACAUGCCUCCACCAAGGCUGAACAAUCCUACACAUGCUUUCUAGUCCUUAAAGUAUUAGUAGGAUAAAAGAAAAAUAAGUCAUUUGAUAAUCAAAUUAUGACAUAAAUGGUGCUUGAAUAAGACUUGUAUUUGGAUCCAAACCAAAUUGCAACAGCCAAUAAUUAUCAGCCCAAUAAUAAUAAAUAUGUCUGUUUUUUUAAA